UGUCACUGUCGAUAUUUAUACUGUAGUCAAAUAACUGACGAAAUAAUAGAACCAUGAUAAACAACAUAAAUACGAUUACACUUUUAUUUAUAUCAUGCAUUUUGUGCGAUAAUAUUUUUAAUACUAGCAUCGGUACUGAAGAAAUAACGUAUGCUUCUUCCAAAGGUAUACAAGAUUUUAGUCAAAUACUAAAAGAGAAGUUUGUAACAAAUAAUUCUGAAACUACUGCAGCAUCUGCCAGUAGUGGUACUGAAGUUGAUAUAGAUGAAUUAAGAGAAAACAUAAGAGAUAUAGGGUACUAUCUGAGAUCCCAUAAAUUCAAUGAGUAUGAUAGAAGGUAUGAAACCAAUAGUACAACAGCAGAAAGAAUAUAUUUUAAAACCUUUCCUCGACCACCUUUGCGAUCCCUGCAUUGGGAAGUUCACAAAUACUGUGAAUCUUCUUUCAUGGAAUGCGUUAAUUACUUGGCCAAAAAACUCAGAGGGGUAGCUGCCAGACGAACUGAUGACACGUCAAUAGUAAUGAUGAAACAGCACUGGAAGUGGAAAACAAACACGGCACAGAUUGAACAAGUAGACGAAGAAUGCAAGAAGAACAAGAAACUAGAUGAUCACAUAGCUGACCCGUUUGAAGGUCCCUUGGAAAGAUAUCAAUGGAGAGUAACAGCAAGCUAUUUCAUGUGUUGGUACACAAUGAAAAAAACUCCAGAAUUGAAGCGUUUUCACGAAAAAUGUGAUAAUUUCGCCAAUUGUUUAGAUUAUAAUUACGGACCUUAUAACGACGAUGCUAGGGUUGAUGACCUCUUUGAUUUCAGCUGUGCUUUGUACAGUUUUUGUCCAAAUCCUUGCUGUCCUCUAAAAUAUGCGAACAUGAUGAACGAUUGUUUAAAUUCCCCAGAAAAUCCUUGUUAUAGACAAAAUAAUGUAGGACAAAGAGCUUGCGAAGCUGAUUUGGAGCAAAAUUCAGAAUUUAGCGAUAUCAUCUUGAACAGAUGGAACGUGACGUGCCGUUGUCCCCAACGACGUGGUUACGAAUGGAAUUCUCGCUAUGGAAUUUGUAUAGACGUGGAUGAAUGCGUAUCGAAAACUCAUAACUGCAAACCCAAGGUGGAGAGUUGUCUUAAUUUGCCGGGAAGUUUUAGGUGCAUAUGCCACUGGGGUUACAUUUGGGAUGAAGACAGUAGAGAAUGCCUAUCCAGUAUGGCUUUAUCUGCAUUAAAAUUAAAGAGAAAGGAAAAAACGAAGAUAGAAAUGAUGAAGCUUACCCUAUGGGAAAAAAUUAAAAACAUUAUAUUUUGGAGAAAAGGCUCUUCAUCAAACUAAACGACUUUUUUUGCUUUAGUUUAAAGUGAGCUAAUAAAAUUUAUGUAUUUUAUUAAAAAAAGAAAUAAUAAGUUUAAUUUUCUAAAUUUAUUGUGAAUCUUAAGAAGUUAUUAGUGCAGUAAGCAAGUAGUAACAGUAAAUAGUAAAUUAGUAUAGUAUUAUACAAUAUUUUCAAA